AUGAUUGUCCAUCCAGACAUGUUGAAGACCGCACCCACAGCUUCCACCUCGGUGGCUCCUAUCCCAACCGUCAUCCCAACUCCUCCCAUCUACCUCAAGGCCGGAGAUGUCGGCCAUAGAACUCUGUGGGUGGUGGUAGUCCUCAUGGCCCUGUCUUCCCUUGCAUUCUACGGCAUGGCUUUCCGUGUUCCAGUUCAAAAAAGGCUCUUCCACAUUCUGACCUCUUUCAUCACGACCAUCGCCUUCCUGUCUUACUUCGCCAUGGCUACCGGAGAUGGCCUCACGUUCGUCUCAUACACUGUUACAGAGCACCACAAGAAAGUCCCAAAUACUCAUCAGGAAUAUCUUCGUGCUGUGUAUUGGGCGAGAUAUAUUGACUGGAGCAUAACAACUCCUCUCCUACUCUUGGAUCUCGCUCUCCUUGCAGGUCUGAGUGGCGCCAAUAUUCUGGUUGCUAUCUUUGCCGACGUUGUUAUGGUUCUUGCUGGACUAUUUGCAGCUUUUGGCCAGGCCCAUGACAGCCAGAAAUGGGGCUGGUACGCUUGGGCCUGCAUUGCGUUCCUCGUGAUUGUCUACCAACUUGCCGCCAAUGGUCGCGAGGCUGUGGCCAGCAAGGACAGCAAGACCAAAGCGUUCUAUGCUUCGAUUGCUGGAUAUACCCUCAUUGUGUGGUUGCUCUACCCAAUCAUCUGGGGCCUUGCUGAGGGCGGUCACGUCAUUGGCCUUGACUCCGAAAUCAUUGCUUAUGCCGUCCUCGAUAUUCUUGCCAAGCCGGUCUUCGGCUUCUGGCUUCUGUUCACCCACGACAGCAUGUCAAGCACCUCUCCGUCACUUGAAGGAUUCUGGUCCCAGGGAUUUGGCACCCAAGGAACUCUCCGAGUUGGUGAUGACAGUGAAGCUUAA